GGGCAAAUUAAAAAUCCUUAUAAUACAUGGUUGGGCAACACUAUAUAAUGAGUUAGAAUACAAACUUAAGCAAUCACAAAAAUAAGCUAACACUCUUCUAAGGAACUGAGUACAAGAAUACACACACACUUGAAAGAAUAUGGGAACCUCAAUUGGGUUGAGGCAUUGGCCUCAACUCAUUUAUGCAAUAGCAUUUUGCAUAAUUGCUAGCAGUGUUGCAGCUGAUGAUUAUAAGCCUUAUUACAAAUCUCCUCCUCCACCAUCCCCAUCACCGCCACCACCUUAUGUCGAUAAAUUCCCACCUCCAUAUUAUUACAAGUCACCACCUCCACCGUCUCCGUCACCACCACCUCCUUACGUCGACAAAUUCCCACCUCCAUAUUACAACAAGUAUCCUCCUCCAUCAUCUCCGUCACCACCACCUCCAUAUGUUGACAAAUUCCCACCUCCAUAUUACUACAAGACCCCACCUCCACCAUCUCCGUCACCACCACCUCCUUAUGUCGACAAAUUCCCACCUCCAUAUUACUACAAGUCUCCUCCUCCACAAUUUUCGUCACCACCACCUCCAUAUGUAGAUAAAUUUCCACCUCCAUACUACAAAUCUCCUCCUCCACCAUCUCCAUCACCACCACCUCCUUAUGUUGACAAAUUUCCACCUCCAUACUACAAAUCUCCUCCUCCACCAUCUCCAUCACCACCACCUCCUUAUGUCGACAAAUUCCCACCACCAUAUUAUUACAAGUCUCCACCUCCACCAUCUUUGUCACCACCACCUCCUUAUGUCGACAAAUUCCCACCUCCAUACUACAAAUCUCCCCCUCCACCAUCUCCGUCGCCACCACCUCCUUAUGUCGACAAAUUCCCACCUCCAUAUUACUACAAGUCACCACCACCACCAUCACCUUCACCACCUCCUCCAUAUGUCUACAAGUCUCCACCUCCACCAUCUCCAUCCCCACCACCACCAUAUGUUUACAAGUCUCCGCCACCACCGUCCCCUUCACCACCUCCUCCAUACGUCUACAAGUCUCCACCUCCACCAUCUCCAUCCCCACCACCCCCAUAUGUUUACAAGUCUCCGCCACCACCGUCCCCUUCACCACCUCCUCCAUAUGUAUACAAGUCACCACCACCACCAUCUCCAUCCCCACCACCCCCAUAUGUUUACAAGUCUCCACCACCACCAUCCCCUUCACCACCUCCUCCAUAUGUAUACAAGUCACCACCACCACCAUCCCCUUCACCACCUCCUCCAUAUGUCUACAAGUCUCCACCUCCACCAUCCCCAUCCCCACCACCCCCAUAUGUUUACAAGUCUCCUCCCCCACCAUCCCCUUCUCCUCCUCCGCCAUAUUAUUAUAAGUCCCCUCCUCCUCCUUCUCCUUCACCACCUCCUCCAUAUGUCUACAAUUCUCCACCUCCACCAUCUCCUUCACCUCCCCCUCCAUAUAUUUAUAAAUCUCCACCACCACCUUCUCCUUCACCUCCUCCACCAUAUUUCUACAAGUCUCCCCCACCUCCUUCACCUUCACCACCUCCUCCAUACUACUACAAAUCUCCUCCUCCACCUUCCCCAUCACCUCCUCCACCAUAUGUCUACAAGUCUCCUCCACCUCCUCCACCUUCACCACCUCCUCCUUAUAUUUACAAAUCCCCACCACCACCAUCUUCAUCACCUCCUCCAUAUCAUCCCUACCUCUACAACUCACCCCCACCUCCCAUUUAUUAAGCUUACGGCUAAAGCUAUUUGAAUUUUUUUUAAAGAAUUAUGUUAAACAUUGUUGUGGUUAAUUUGUAUUUAAGCUUUUAUCAAUAAAACAGUCUACACUCAUUUGAAUUAAA